AGAAAAGAAACAAUAUUUCGAGGAACGCUUGUGCGCAUGCGCCGUUUCUUCCCAUAAGACAAGGCUUGUCUGGAACUUUCUAGACUGGUUCUACUCGGUGCACGCGUUCGUCAUUCAUCGCAGGACAGUGGUUGGCGCCUUGUCCACAAUAUCGUCGCUGUAAAGUCCUCACGCUUACAUUUUUUUGAAGAUAUCGUCACACAAGUAAUCCCGGUCGUUCCACAAUGGUGAAAGAGACCCUGUACUACGACGUGCUCGGAGUGAAACCAAAUUGCACACAAGAUGAGUUGAAGAAGGCGUACCGAAAGCUGGCACUCAAAUACCACCCGGACAAGAAUCCUGCCGAAGGGGAGAAGUUCAAGCAGAUCUCCCAGGCCUAUGAGGUGCUGUCGAACCCGGACAAGCGGCGCAUCUAUGAUCAAGGGGGAGAGCAGGCCAUCAAGGAGGGCAGCUCGGGCGGUGGGGGCUUCUCGGCACCGAUGGACCUCUUCGACAUGUUCUUCGGGAGCGGCAUGGGCGGCCGCAGGCGUGACAACCGGGGCAAGAACACCAUCCACCAGCUGGGCGUCUCCCUGGAGGAGCUGUACAACGGUGCAACACGGAAGCUCUCCGUGCAGAAGUCUACAAUAUGCGAGAAGUGUGAAGGGCGGGGCGGGCGCAAGGGGGCGGUGGAGCGCUGUCCGAGCUGCCGGGGCAGCGGCAUGAGCGUGCGCAUCCAGCAGCUGGUGCCGGGCAUGGUGCAGCACAUCCAGACCACCUGCCAGGAGUGCAUGGGCGAGGGGGAACGCAUCAACCCCAAGGACCGGUGCAAGACCUGCAAUGCCAAGAAGGUGGUGCGCGAACGCAAGAUCCUCGAGGUGCACAUCGACAAAGGCAUGGAGGAUGGCCAGAAGAUCACAUUCAGCGGGGAAGGCGACCAGGAGCCCGGGAUCGAGCCCGGGGACAUCAUUGUGGUUUUAGACGAGCGGGAACACGAGGUGUUCAAGCGCAGCCGCCACGACCUCAUCAUGCGCAUGGAACUAUCCCUCUCGGAGGCCCUGUGUGGCUUCCAGAAAACCAUCUCCACCCUGGACAACAGGACGCUGGUCAUCACCAACCUGCCUGGCGAGGUGAUCAAGAACGGUGCCGUCAAGUGCAUACUGAACGAGGGCAUGCCUCAGUACCGUAACCCGUUUGAGAAGGGCAAGCUCAUUGUCCAGUUCCUGGUUCAGUUCCCUGCCCGCAUCGACCCGGCCGUGAUCGGCAAGCUCGAGAGCCUACUCCCGCCCCGGCAGGAGUGCAUGAUCCCGGACAACGCCGAGGAGGUGGUGUUACAAGACUUGGACCCUGAGCAGGAAGCCAGGCGCCAGCGUCAACACAGGGAAGCUUACGAAGAGGACGAAGAGCACUUCCAUCCACGUGGUGGCGUGCAGUGCCAGACCCACUAGGACUUGCAGCAAGCUGCUUUCUCCCACACUGUUUUUUAAAAUUUUUCUUCUCUUAGGCACAGUUUCUGCCUGUCUGUGGCUGAAGUGGACUCCUUUGCAAGUGAUGGACGUUAAAAAGAAAUGUGUGUGGCAGACCGGUGUCACUGUACUAGCCUUUUUUCUUUUCUUCUUUUCAAGUUUGUCUGUAUUUUUUUUAUCACGGUUAGUUGUAUUAUAUUUAAGUAUACUGGCGUUGUUAUUGUUAUCCUGGCAUUUCUCCCUCCGCUAUUUAUUUGGAACUCUGAAGAACGUCCCGGGUCUGUUGACUAACGGUAGCCUUCUUGGCUUGCACCACUUAAAUCUCAAAACUAUGGACUGUGCCAGUCAGCUUUGGCUCAGUUGUCACUUUUAAGGACCUCGUUUUUUUUUCUUCAACACACCCGCUUCUUUAUUUUUUUUACCUUGUUUACAGAAGCAUUCACAUGUGUUAGAAAACGAGCUUUCUUUUUAUUAAAACAAAGUGAUUCUGUACAAAGCAACCUGGAAAA